AUGAAGAAGAAUGAAAUCUUGUCAAUCGCAAUCUUCCCCAGUGGGGACAAUUCUGCUUUUCUAAAAUUAUCCCGGGGCUACGGGCCGGGCUGGAAGGAAAGUUUGGGGUCGGCGCGCUGGGGGAGUGGAGAAGUUCCCGAGCCGGGCUCCGAGCGGCGACCGUCGCCGGAGACGGAUGAAGCCCGGCUGCGGGCCGGAUCCGGGAGGGGAGGGGGGCGGCGGGGAAAUGGACGCCCGGCCCCGGCGGCCGGCCCGCGGGGCUGGGGCCCGGGGAGGACACCAGGGGGUGGGGUGGGGUCGCGGUCCUCCUCCCCGCCGCGGACGGUGACCCGACACCUACCUGCGGGUCCCGGGCGGCCGUCCCACACGGGGCCUAGUGCAUGGCCGCCGCCUCCAGCCUUCGCCGGCGCGCCGAGGCUGCUGCUCCGCGGCGGGGCCGAGCCCAGGCCCGAGCCCGGCUGCCCGCGUCCGCGCCGCGCCGGCUGGCCCGUCGGCCCGGGAGCGCAGGGCCGCCCUGGGGAGCCCGGCUCCGCUCGGGAGUACGAGGCGGCAGCGGCGGCUCCCUCACGUCUCUCCCGGGCGUCCUGUCAGCCAGCAGUUUCCCCCGGGUCCGCAGCGCCGCCUCCGCCGCUGCUGCCACCGCCUCUCCCACAUCCCCGGCCUCCAGGGGAGCCGCCGCCGCCGCGCCGCGACCACGGCCUUCCGCGCCUCUGCUCCUCGCGCUACCGCUCCCCCUCACGCUGCCGGCCCGGCCCGGCUGGGUCCGGGGAGACCGCGCCGGAGGCUGCCGCGAGCCCGCUGCGGCCCCCGGCCCACAAUCCACCGCGCGGCUCUGCCGGGGCGGGAGGGCCGCGGCCCGGGCCGGGGGGCGGGGGGCGCCGCCACCUCAGGAAGAGGGGUCGGGGCGGCCCCGGCAGGCGGUCGGAAGGGCGGGGACACCCCGCGCGGCUCCUCUGCGCUUCCUCUAAUCGCCCGGCUCCAGUCCGCUUUCCCCACGACCCUGCCCCCCACCGAGGGUUCCCUGCAGCACCCAGGUGCCGCCUUCCGGGACCCGAACCCCCAGCCUGGCCCUCGCCCACCCCAGGCCAACUGACUCCAACACCUGUGAAAGCAGACGCUUGCACAGACUCCCAGUCCCUGCCGUGCAAAGGUGGAAGGUCACCCCCAAGAACCCAGUGGACUCAAGGUGCAGGACCAAGCCCUGACUUCUUGCUGACUGGAAGCUGCCCUCAACUCCUAGAAGCCACCUGCAGAUCCUCAACCCGCUAGGCUUUGGUACCACCUUUGGACACAAAUGACCUCUGAAGAGCUGCUUCUUCUCUAAUGAUCUCUGAAUACUUCCAAGGAUGCACCAAGGACUCAUUACCUUUAGCCACACCCUCAGCAGGUGUGUAAAUUAUUUCUUCCUUCAUUCCCAUCUUACUGGUGAUGCUUAUGUCAUGUUCCUCUAACCCACAACAGAAUUCACUUAGAUAGCAUUUGCUUUUCUAAUGUACAUUUUUUAAUGAGUAUCUGCAUGUGUCCAGCUUAUUUGUCAACUCUAUUUUACUCCAAUCUGUUUCAGAAAACAUACUUUGUCAAGGCGCAAUUUUUUUCCCAGUUAAGGCCAAGAGGAAAAAAAAAAUCACUGGUGUUCCUGUACAUAUAAUCAUAUUUUAAAGCUCAAAGAACCUUCUAGAAUAAACUGCUUAAUCUGUUCAUUUUCCUUUCAAUUCUCUUUAUUUUGUAGAUGAGAAAAAUCUAUAUCCAGAGAUGGUAAGUUAAUUUAUGAAGGUCAUGGAACUAAGUAGUAAAGCUAGUAAACACAUCUUUUGACUCCUAUGUUAGAGCUUGUUUAAUUAGUUUUGGAGGUGACAUCCCAAGCAUAAGAACACAAGUAACUCACCCCUUGCACUGUGGAGGUAUUAUAAGAUGGGGUGGUGAAAUGUUCAUCUUUCAUGCUAUUGCUUGUUAUAUGUUGGAAUAAUUUUAUAUCAUAAAGAGAAAACUUAAAAUUAGACAAAUGAAAGUUUGAUGACAGGUAGGUCAUGGAGACUUGUUUCUUUUUGCACACCAGAUGGAGCAUGCCUCCCUAAAUUGGGCUGUUUACACUCCCAUUUGUUGGCUCUGCUCACCUGCUCUCCUUAAACAAAAGAAGCAUAGGUAUCAAAAGUACUGCCAUAGUUAAACCACAGAAUGGGCCAAAGUAUCAUCAAAUCAUAUAUCUGGUGAAGGACUUGUAUUCUGGACUAUAUAAACAAACUUUUAUGUUUCAAUAAUAAAAAUAUAAGCAACCCACUAAGGUUGACCAGGAGUU